AUGGCUCCUAGCAGAUGCACGCCUGUUCCGCACCACGGCACGCCGCUCUAUUGUUGCGUGCGAGCGAGACAACCUGCCCCCAUUGUGUACGUGACAAGGACGGAAGUACAGUCUAAGGUGGGGCGCAGGCUGUACUCUCUGAACGUGGAUUGGACGUCGUCACGCCGCCCAGAAGCCGCGCCCCCCGCACGCCGAGACCCACACGGCCGCUCCAUCAACUCGUCAGUCUAUCGUCCGUCUUCGACGCGACACAAUCACCUUCUCGUCUGUGCUCAUUCACCGCAUUGUGCCAUAUAA